CGAAAUUCCCAAAAAAAAAAAAAAAAAAAAUCCUUCAAGUCUGUCUCCGAACAUGACUUGGUAUGCCAACCUUAGCUCAUCUUCUCUUCCUUUCAAAUUCACACAAUGAAAUAUAUAAAAUGAGAAAAAUCCACAAACUAGCAGCGGUGGCACCAGAGGAAGAGAGAGAGAUCAAAAAUGGAGAAAAGGAAAGAUGAGUUGGUGAGAGAAGAAGCUGAACAAGAACAUAAUCAUAUUCAUCUUGAUGAUCAUCCACUGAAAGGAAAUGGAUUUGAUGAGAUGAUCAAGGAUCCAGCUGAAAAGAAGAAAGUUCAACUCGCAAGAUCCAUAGUUGAACACCAGCACUCUUCUUGCAAGGAGAUAGAUGAUUUGACAAUAAGGAGGUUCCUUCGGGCACGGGACUUAGACGUAGAGAAAGGGGCUUCGAUGCUACUGAAAUAUCUUAAAUGGAGGCAAAAAUUUGUCCCAAAUGGUCAUUUUUCACCGUCUGAAGUUCCAAAUGAAAUCGCACAAAACAAGAGUUUUCUGCAAGGCGUUGAUAAGCAAGGUCGCCCCAUAAACGUUGUCCUAGGUGCCAAACAUUUUCCCAACAAAAAGCAGGGAGGCCUCGACGAGUUUAAGCGUUUUACCGUUUUCGCUCUGGACAAAAUUUGUGCCAGGAUGCAACCAGGGCAGGAGAAAUUUUUAGUAAUUGCCGACCUUCAAGGUUGGGGGUAUGCAAACAGUGACAUUCGAGGUUCGGUUGGAUCUUUAGCCAUCUUGCAGGAUUUCUACCCAGAAAGACUCGGAAAACUGUUCUUAGUUCAUGUGCCAUAUGUUUUCAUGACGGCAUGGAAGAUUAUCUAUCCAUUUAUCGACAACGAAACCAAGAAGAAGAUUGUAUUUGUUGAGAACAAGCGGUUGAAGGCGACUCUUCUGGAAGAUAUUGAUGAGAGUCAACUCCCUGAAGUUUAUGGGGGCAAAUUGCCCUUAGUUCCGAUUCAUGAUGCUUAAUUAAUUAUCCCAAAUCCUCCCCCCACAAAAUAAUAAAGUUAUAUACAUCAAUUGUCAUUGUCCUUUUUCCCCUUGCUCCAGGGUUUUCUUUUUGGUAUUAAUUGUUGUAUGGUGAUAGGGAAAGAAAAAUGGCGUCUUCCUUUUUCUUUUCGUGAUAUAUUUGUCAUUGAGAAAGAGGAAUGGCUUUUUCUAUUUACUUAUAGUUAUUUUCCAUGGUUAAUUUAAUCACUUAAAUGUAAGUUGUAAAUGAUAUAAUUUCCGCUAUGUAUCCUAUUUUGUCUUCCCAUUC